AUGAAACAGCGCAGUUGGGAGCAGAACAUGGCAAAUACAUUUGUCACUGUACCGGAUGGGUAUUACCUGCCUGAGCCCGUCCAGUAUUAUGAUGUUCUGCCAGAGCACAUCAACUAUCAGCUGCAAGACACCGACUUUCAGACUGCUCCUUAUUGCCAGUACUCAACAGCUCAAAUUCCUCCUCCAGUAUUACAGCCCCAACCUCCCCACUCCCAGUACAGCACAUACAGCCUGGACUCUCAGUACAGCGACGGGCAAUGUGUCAUCAGCAGCUGUGAACUAAGCAAACCCCCUUUCAUGGCUCCCCAUAUGGAUGAUGGAGGAUACCAAGGAUUAAAACGGCCAAGAUUAAACCACUCUUCUUUGAGACUGAAGGGGCAGGAGGAGCUGUGUGUGGUGUGUGGUGACAAGGCCUCGGGCUAUCACUACAAUGCACUUACCUGUGAAGGCUGUAAAGGCUUCUUUCGACGCAGCAUAACCAAAAAUGCAGUGUAUCGAUGCAAGAAUGGUGGUCACUGUGAGAUGGACAUGUACAUGCGAAGGAAGUGUCAGGAAUGUCGCCUGAAGAAGUGUAAAGCUGUGGGAAUGCUAGCAGAAUGUUUGCUGACUGAAGUACAGUGCAAGUCAAAGCGGCUCAGGAAGAAUUUCAAACAGAAGAGCAGUUUUCUUUACAAUAUAAAGCUGGAAGAAGGGCUGAAUAGUAAACAUGUAUCAUCUACAACAAGAUCUGGAAAAAUCCCAGAGAAGAUGGAACUUACUCCGGGGGAGCAUCAGCUUCUGGACCACAUUGUAGCAGCACACCAAAAAUACACAAUUCCCCUGGAGGAAGCAAAGAAGUUUCUACAAGAAACUGCAAGUCCUGAGGAAAGUUUUCUCCGUCUCUCCGAGACAGCAGUUGUCCAUGUACAAGUGUUAGUGGACUUCACAAAAAGACUUCCAGGAUUUGAAAGUUUAGCUAGUGAAGAUCAGAUUGCGCUGCUAAAAGGGUCAACAGUUGAGGCGAUGUUUUUGCGUUCAGCCCAAAUAUACAACCAAAGAAUGAGUGAAUGCCAACCAUCAACAAGUGAAAGUCACGUAAGGCUUUCUGAUCAUGGGACAUACUGUCACAUUCAAAACCUUGAUAGAAACAACAUUUACUCCAUGGAAAUAUCUCACAAUGAAGAGAGUCCAACUUCCACUACUACCACAGGUAUAACCGAGGAGUUUAUUACCGCGCUGUUUUACUUCUACAGAAGCAUGGGGGAACUGAAAGUGACCGAGACCGAAUAUGCCCUGCUCGUAGCAACGACGGUGUUUUUUUCAG